AUGGUAGAUGCUGGACCAUCUACUGUCUCCCCGCCCCCGUGUGUGGCUUUAGAGGGAAACGACUUUGACAAGAGAGAAGGGAAAGUUAAAGGCGAUAAGCAGAAUGCGUCAUGCAUCAAGUUACACUCCCCAUUACGUGGAGGUGAAUUUGGUGGCACGUGUGUGCAUCAUAAUCUUCCACACAUACAAGCACCUGCCAUCACUUUCCGUUCAUUUGGCUCUCAAGUUGGCAGUGGAAAACAGUGUAGUGCCCCAUCUUUCUCACUUAAAGUUUUUUUCUUUCUAAGAGAAAAAAAUAUAUUACAUUCUUAUUUUAUGCAUUUGCGCUUUUGUUCACUUAAAAUUAUAGUUACAGACUGUAUUAUUUUUUGUGUUUUUGUUUUCAUAGACUCACAGAAUUUAUGUCUUAGUUACAUUCAACUUUUAGCCGUUUUGCCUUGGUUUUUAGGGCGUAAACCACUGUCACAUGGUACAGAACAGUCUCUGAAUUUUAAUAAUUUCUUAACCAAAAAAUAA